CAUCCACAACAUGCCCCGGUGAGAGGGCUCCUCUUGGGGAGCCCAGCGCGCUCCGGGCGCCUGCUGGUUUGGGGGUGUCUCCUCCCGAAGCGGUAUGGCGGCGCUGGCCAGUAGCCUGAUCCGGCAGAAGCGGGAGGUCCGUGAGCCCGGGGGUAGCCGGCCGGUGUCGGCGCAGCGGCGCGUGUGUCCCCGCGGCACCAAGUCCCUUUGCCAGAAGCAGCUCCUCAUCUUGCUGUCCAAGGUGCGACUGUGCGGGGGGCGGCCCGCGCGGCAGGACCGCGGCCCGGAGCCUCAGCUCAAAGGCAUAGUCACCAAACUGUUCUGCCGCCAGGGUUUCUACCUCCAGGCGAAUCCCGACGGGAGCAUCCAGGGCACCCCAGAGGACACCAGCUCCUUCACUCACUUCAACCUGAUCCCUGUGGGGCUCCGAGUGGUCACCAUUCAGAGUGCUAAGCUGGGACACUAUAUGGCCAUGAAUGCUGAGGGGCUGCUGUACAGCUCGCCACAUUUCACAGCUGAGUGUCGCUUUAAGGAAUGUGUCUUUGAGAAUUACUAUGUCCUCUAUGCCUCUGCUCUCUACCGACAACGCCGUUCUGGGAGGGCCUGGUACCUAGGCCUAGACAAGGAAGGCCGAGUUAUGAAGGGAAAUCGAGUCAAGAAGACCAAGGCAGCUGCCCACUUUGUGCCCAAACUCCUGGAGGUGGCCAUGUACCGGGAGCCUUCUCUCCACAGUGUCCCUGAGACUUCCCCUUCCAGUCCCCCUGCCCCCUGAGAUGUAGUCCCUGGAUUGGAGGCUCCGUGGACUGCAAGUGAGCCAGCCACCACCACAGCCUAUCUCUCAGCCCUGCUCCUGGCCCUGCUGUCCACCCCUGCUGCCACACAUAUGCCCUGAACAGCCACGUCCCAUAUACUAGGUGCUCUCCCCUGAAGAAGCCUAGGGGCUGGCUGCUGAGACUUUUAGAGCCUUAGGUCCCUGAGAGGGUUAGAGAAGGGGAUGUCUGAAAAUAGUCCUGGCUGAUCACUUCAUUUUUUUUCCCCAUCACACAACCCCCAAAGCCUUUUCCUGAGAUGGUGCUGGGGGUUCCAAAACUAACAAAGCCAGGACCGAAAUAUUCCCCACCCCCAGCUCAGCUCUAUACUUCUUUUCAUUGCCACUGAGCCAUAGAUUUAUAGAUCCACGGGAGCUCAGGAUUAGUUUCCUUCUGUCCCCAUUCUACCUUUUGCCUUGGUCUGGGAAGUUCUUGUACACCAGACACCCCAGACAAGGCCAUUUCUGUACUAGGGCUCUUCAACGGAAUUCAGACAUGCUACCAAAGUCUGUUUGGAUCCAUCAGGCUUCUAUUCUUGACCCAGAUGGAUCCCGGCUUCUAAGUAGAAAAAAGGCUGGAUUUGAGCUCUAUCUAGCUGUUGGCCUUCGCCUGAACUGGGACCAGUCUCAAGUCACCAGAGGUUUAACCUUCUUAUCCCAGAGACACUCAAUACUAGAGCAUGGUGUUCUAGUCCUUUAUUGGAGCCAUAUUUCCUCCUUAAUCUCAGCUCUAAGACAUAGGCCAUGACUCUCAGCCCUUCUCUCCAGGAUGGAUUUAGGGCCUAUAUAGCCAUAUUAUUGCUCUAGAGUAAAUUCUAGAUCCACCUUCCCAUCUUCUCUAAUAAUAUCUAUUAAAAAUGAACUCUGAAAAGGACACAGUUAUGAUUCAUAAAGCACUAAUUAUUUCUGAACCAGGCAUGGUUGCAAAUGCCUAUAAUACUAGCACUCAGGAGGCUGAGGUAGUACAUUGAGAAAAAAAAUUGAGGCCAGACUGGGCUACGUGCAUAGCAAGACCCUUUGUCAA